AUGGCUACAUCUGAUCAUGCAGAAGGGACGCCCGAAUACAAGCAAGAGAUACAAAGGAAGCUUGGGGAGUACAUCGAAACAAAGAGGUACAUCGAAGAGCCCGAGAUUCUUCCGUGGUAUAAGAAGGAGAUUGGAGAGCUCAAGCCUCCUGCGAGAGACCUGUUCGAGCAGUAUAGCCACGUUGCUCCCGAUGAAGUUGAGACGCACAUCAAGCGGAUCCGCGAUGAAGCUUUCAAGAUAUUCCCAUACCCCUGCGUUGGCAAUUGGGGCUUCCUCAACUUGAGUGUCAUGGAGUCGCCGGUCUACAAGGAAGUCCUCGAACGCAUCAAGAAUGGAGAACAGUAUCUUGAUAUCGGAUGCUGCAUGGGCCAGGACAUCCGCAAGCUUGCCCACGACGGUGCGCCAGAGGAUAACAUGUAUGGCUCUGAUCUCAAGAGCGAAUUCUGGAGUAUUGGAUACGACAUGUUUCUUGACAAAGCCACCUUGAAAAGUAAAUUCAUCGAGGCGGACGUUUUCGACGCCGACUCUGGAUUGAAGGAGCUUGACGGCAAGCUUAACAUCGUACAUGCUGCUUCAUUCUUCCAUCUGUUCGACUGGGACAGUCAAGUCAAAGCAGCCAAGAGAAUCGGGCAAUUGCUGAAGGCUGAGCCUGGGGUCAUGGUCUUUGGGAGACAAGGCGGUAUGCCCGAAGCAGGCACCAUCGGUCACAUCCAGGAAGGGAAAAGCUCAUACUGGCACAACCUCGAGUCGUGGGCUAAGAUGUGGAAGCAGGCUGGUGACGAGACUGGGAUAAAGUGGGAGGUUCAGUCUUCUUUCGGUGAGGAGGAUCUAACAAAGAGGAUGAACGCUAAGAUUGUACCUGCGGGAACGAGGUUCAUGACUUUCACCAUUCGUCGUGUGUAGUCGUGGCUCUUGUGGAUAUGACCUAAAUGUAUCUUUCCUGGUCAAUUUGAUCAGAGUAUGGACAUGGAUGUCAUAUGAAUAGACACAGAGAAUCAGGUUGUUGAUUCAA